AUGGGCCGCGCCGUAGCAGGCGGCGCCAAUGCCGAGGCCGACGGCGGCGGCGUCCAGCUAGUAUCGGUGUCCUGGAACCAGGACAGUACCCACUUCGGGGUGGUGACGACCGCCGACUUCCGCGUCUUCGACUGCAGCAGCCCGUUCCACGAGAAGCUACGCCGCGGGCUGCCGCACGGCGCCGGCGACGGGUACGCCAUGGUGGGCGUGGAGAUGCUGUUCCGCAGCGAGAUCUUCGCGCUCGUCGCCGCCGCAGGGGGCGAAGGCGGCAGCGGCAGGAGCAGGGUCAUGGUCUGGGACGACCGGGAGAACCAGCGCAUCUCCGACGUCCUCGAGUUCCAGUCCGACGUCGUCCGCGCCGUCCGGGUGUCCAAGGACUACCUCGUCGUCGUCCUCGACCGCGUGGUCAGGGUCUACGGCCUUCGCGCCUCGGCGCGGCCGCUCUGGAGGAUCGCCACGGCGCUCAACCCCCGGGGGCUCUGCUGCCUCUCCUGCCACGUGGACGUGGACGUGCUGGCCUGCCUCGGCACGGCGCGAGGACAGGUCCGCGUCGACCGGCUCGGGAAGAAGCCCGAGACGAGGUUCAUCGCGGCGCAUAGCUCGCACGUCGCGUGCAUGGCCAUGACCGUCGACGGCGCCGUGCUCGCCACCGCCAGCGUCAAGGGCACCCUCGUCAGGGUGUUCAGCACCAUGGAUGGGACUUGUUUGCAGCAGGUGCGUAGAGGGCUUGACCCAGCUGAGAUACAUAGCAUUGCGCUGUCACCAAACCUGCAGUGGCUGGCGGUGUGCAGCGACAAAGGAACCCUGCAUGUUUUCAGCUUGAGAGUUAGAGUUGGGGCGAAAGAUGCAGCUGGUCACAAGCAAUCUGCUGAUCAAGCAGCACGUUCUGUCGUGCAAACAAAAACUGCAUCCAAUGCAAGAUCAUCCUUGUCUUUCAUGAAAGUGAUUCUGCCGGAUUACUUCAGUUCAGAAUGGUCAUUCGCUCAGUUCCGUUUACCAGAAACCACAACCUAUGUUACAGCAUUUGGAGAACAACAAAACACUGUGAUGAUUAUCGGGAUGGAUGGCAGUUUCUAUAGAUGCAGCUUUGACCCUGUAAAUGGCAAGGAGAUGGUGCGAAAGGAAUAUUUUCGGUUUCUCAAGGAUAAGGACUCCCCUCCAUUUAGGGCCAGAGUUUAA